AAUCACGCCCGCGUGGCUGGCUUUUACUGCGUCAUCAAAACAACACCCCCGCAUGACGAUCAUCACGAGCAAAGUCUUUUCUCCUUACGACAUUAACUGCGGACGCACUUCCAAGCAAGUGUCGGGACUGGGCCAAGUUUGCCAGCAGGAUUUGGCCUUUGCUCGGGACCAACCGGAGCGGGAGCCAGCGCGUUUCCCUCGUUGCAGUGCCGUCGAAAGAGCUUACCUACCGGUACGGUAGUCCCUGCUUGCCGGCUUGGGGGGAAUACCUUUCGCGGAAUGAGGGCGAAGUUGGGAGUUUGCCGGUGGAGAUCAUUAUCUACGGAUACAGUAUCUUGACGAAGGUGAAAGAAGCACUGAUGAGGUCCGAACCGCGACACCUACUCCGGGCGCCAUCGCCUGCUGCUCGGAUAUAGGCGUUGGUCAAAAUACCGGCAUGUACCGGAACUGAGUAGCUGGGAAUGCGCAGCGGUUUGAUUGUCUGUGACGAGAAACCCUACAACAACAAAUGCAUGCUCACAACCAACCACUCACAAAGCUGAACAGAAUACCGGUAUGAGAUUUCUACCCUUCCAGGGAUGCGAUGAGCCGGCACUUUCUACUCGCUGGGAACGGAGGACCCGGAGAGGCUCUAAUGAACAGGGCACGGUUGCCAAAGGAACGGGCGUCAUAGCAUGGUUUUGUGCUGAUCGUCAAUAUUAGGAAAAAACUUGAUUCCUCAUACCACCUACGGGUACUCGAGCACUAUUACGUGCUAAGCUUUCGACGAUUGUUAUAUAACCUUCGACGCGUCCCCUUCAAUUUGUAUUCCGUUAGCCACAAACGAGCAGAAGUGUCACGCCGCAGACGAAAGCGAGAAAUAUAAAGAGUGUCAAAAACUAUCCUCCCACCUUUUCCCCUCCUUCCUCCAAACAUCUCCCUUCCACAAUCGCCGACUCUAAUAGAAUCUACCCCUAAACACCGCAAUCAUGCUGCCCGGAUUGUUUUUCACGCUUCUCCGCAUCUCGCAAAUCCUCACCCUCAUCCCCAUAUGGGGAAUACUGGCCUACUUCGUCGAUAAGCAUCCCAUGAUUGAGAAUAGCCCUUUCUCCGACAUCCUCUGCCUCUUCAUCGUCGCAAUCUUCGCAACAGUCUGGGCAAUCGCCACGAUCUCACUCUUCUACCGCCGCCAUGUCCCCAUGUGGGUCGCCAUCAUCGACCUCUGCCUUUUUGGCCUUCUCAUUGCUGGUGUCGUGCUUCUAGCGCCCUUCGUGCGGAAUACGGAUUGCAUGGGUGUCAACUGGACCUGGGGAUACGCGGACGGAUACUGGAGCAAGGAGUGCUCCAUGUAUAAGGCGGCAUAUGGUUUGGGCAUCAUGAACAUUGUCAUGUUCUUCCUCACCGCGGUGUUGGCGGCGUGGAUUUGGAGGAAGCACACCACUAUUGCGGUUUAUCGGUAUUGAGUUAGGUUUGGUGUUUGAUUUUGGCUGGCCACGGCUAUCCUUGCGGGUUUGCCGGCAAUGGUCUUGUGACACGAGCGGUGUUUGGCUUUGCUUUCUUUUUUUUUUGGUGAGGGCUGUGUAUUUUUAUAACUUAAUGAAUGAAUGAGGGGAUGGUGGGUUUGGGUAUUCUUAUGAAGAUUUGUUUGCGUUGGUGACGUAAUUUUUUUUAAGGUGCAAAACCGAUAAACGGGGAAUAGUUGUACCGUGUUGGGGCUUUGUUGGACCAUAAAGUCUAGAACCCCCCCCCAACGGUGCUCGCACAGGUACAGUACCGCAUGUUAUUGGAUAAAGAACCAUAGAGAACUACCGUACUUCUGUUGCUCCAUACUGUUACGAGUAGAUGGAUUCCGCAAUGCAAACCCCCCUACACCGUGAGAACAAAAGCUAACCCCGCCCUACUGUAGGUCCAAAGGUCACCCGAUCGCCUAUCUCGGCCUCUAUCGCCGUGGCAAGGGCGAUCCCUGAGGGGCAAUGGCGUCUGCAUUCCCUUGCAUAAUCGCCCACUCAUUCUCCCACCAAUCUAAUUGCUCCUAUAUCCUCUACCUUCAGACACACCUCUUAGUCAUUUUAUCACGCUCGGUGAGUCUGGCAGCCCAGCACACCGACGCCGUAUUCCGCGAUCAUGUUGGGAGGGCUGCGCGAGUGAUUCCUCGUGUACUUAAAUGGUUGGGGAGAGGUCGGCCAAUUGGAUUUCUAAAUAAGAAAGACUGGCAACGCUUGGAGUUUUGGGUGGGAUUGUGGGGAGGGGGGAUUUGCUCCCCGGACCAAACCGUAAAGUUUCGAUUGGGGCUGUUGGAAAUGGAAGUGGUGGAUGAUGGCACUGUACGAGCACUCAUACCGCGCUCGAGUACACACAUCCUUCGCUGGACACGACAAGGGGAUACGGGUAUGAUAUGACUUUAAGGUUGGACGAGGGUUUCCGUUUCCCCGUUUGGCCGAAUGUCCGAUGAGAAGAGCUACCCGGGGGUUUUUACAAGGCUGAUUGAUUCUAGGACCUCGGCAGUGACUCUGUGGAUGGGUGGGCGAUCACUUCUACGGUUCUCAGUGCGCAGGUACGGUAGAAUCUGUUUGAAGCGAGGUAUUGUACAGUAGUCUACUGUGCCGUAGUUUAUCGCACCUAGCUAUAGCGAACUCAAAAAAGCUGUUCACCCUAGGGACCAGCCAAUGGCAAGGCUAGAAAGACAGCUAACACACCAAUCGCAGUGUUUUCUUUCACUACCCGUUCACAUAGCUAGGUGCAACUGUAAUACGGUAAUUGGAUCGCGCGCUAGGACGUCGUCCAGAAUUUCUUUCUUUGGAUUAAGGAGGGUUAACGGGGGGCGAAAAAAGCUGGCUUCUGAGACAAAUCAAAAAGAAAAAAAAAUACAACAAAACCUUACUGGAAGAGGCAAUCCCAACGUCCUAGUGCAGGGUCCAAUUCCCGUACCCUAUUCUGGUUUCUGAUGUACUCGUACACGAGCACAGGUGCUCUAAAUGAGCUCUGCUCGGUUUGGACUUCCUGCAUUUGGCUUGAGAAUUAUGUGUUGGACUUUCCCACUUGCUGGAUCCUACAGGGAAUAAGUCAAGGAGGUG